AAGUCCCAGGAUGCAGUUGGGUAGGCGCAGAUCCAACCUGCUAGCCCUGUGCCCUCGAGCUGUUCAUCACCGCUGCCUCACGUCGCUGUCUCGCGGAUCCGUUAGAGGAGAAAUGGCUGCAGCUCUGUCCCGUGCCCUCAAACUGCCCGGGAAGAAGGGCUCGGAGCUUGGGGAGUACGACCCUCUCACCCAAGCAGACAGCGAGGACGAGAGCGAAGAGGACGACCUCGUGCUCAACUACCCCCGAAAUGGCCUUGGCAGGGACAGCUGCCUCGGCACAGGCUCCUCAAAGCUGCGGGGUGGCAGAUCUGGAAGACUUGUGGGGGCCGAAGAUGAGGCACAGGAGGACGAGGAGGAAGAGGAGGACGAAUGGAGAAAUCGACUCCCCAGCAAAUCCAGGCAGGACAGAGACGACAUGAAAGGGACGCAGUACUGGAGCCACAGGGACUCAGGCAGGGACAGGGACAGGGAGGACAGAGGGGGGCCUGGGCCAUUAGGGGGUGCUGGGCUGGGGGUUCAUAGUACUGAUGCGGAAGAAAAGAAGAUGAGGAUGAAGAAUGCUGUCCGAAGUGCGUUUUUCCUGGUGCCUCUGGUGUGCGCCACAUUGCUUGUGCUGCUGUGCGCGUUUCUGAUUCCGUGCCAGAAGGAAGAACUGGAAAAGAGGCUGCAAUGGGAGAGAGCACUGGGAGAUGCAGGAGGUGUCACGCCACCCGCACUGGCGCUGUGGGACGUUGAUGGGGAUUCAGUGGAGGAUGUGUUUCUGGGUGUUACUGAAUGGACCAAUGACAGCCAUCCCACACAAGGGAACAAAAUUUACAGUGCGGUGGCCCUAUCUGCCGUCAGCGGUCAGGUGCUGUGGAGGAAAGUCAUGCGGGAGUCUGUGAUGUACAUCCAAUGUGGGCUGCAGUUAAGCACCCAGCCGUCACCUGUGGUCCUCCUCAUCGGCAAAUCCAUCAUCAUGGCAGUCAACGGCACCACAGGGAAGAACUUGUGGUCGGCCUUGCUUAAGAACAUUGAAUCCCAGGUGGUAUUACUUCCAGACCUCCAGGGCGACUCAGUCCCAGAUCUGCUGAUAGCCACCCUGCCUGCAGAUGAGGCUUUGGAUCUCUCCCUGACCUUGGUCUCUGGGCUGACGGGGGCAAAGCUUGGACAACCCGUGCCUUUCAACCUCACUGGACAAGGAAAGCUGAUUGGUCCUUUGCUGCAUGAGACACAACAAGGGGCAUACUACAUCCUCUUUGGACUAGGUAAUGUAGAGGCCAUCUCUCUGCGUGAUAUCUACUUUCGCGCCACUGGCAAAAUGCCCAUAACGCAGGCACUGAGAAGGAAGGAUUCAGGGUGGGAGGCUCUCAAGAAAACCAAUUCCUCCUCCUUCAUACACAUUUACAGAGGAUCUGAGCGCGUGGAGUUCCUGCUCCCUCUUGUGGCUGGUUUUGGCAACAACCACAACAGCCUGGACACUGUUUCUAACCUCAACUCCACCAAAAGUGACUGGGUGCUGGUGUAUGGCUCCAGCAAACUGUCAGUGCUCAGACAGAGGGACAUACGUAAAGAAUGGACCUUCAACUCAGCUCCCAUUCACAGCCAGCCAGCCCCAGGACACUUUAAUGAUGAUGGAAUCCUUGAUCUUUUCAUUCAGCAUUCAGCAAAUGGCAUCAUGCAGGCACAGGUUGUUGAUGGGGCAAACGGGCAUCUUCUCUGGACGGCAGAGUUUGUGUGUCCUCGUCUUGUUUUGGAAACUUCGGCAAUCUUCACCUCAACUGGCCAAUCAGCUUUCCUCUUCUGGGCCAGCGAACCAAUCAAAGUGCAGAAGAAUGUUACAAAGACAACUGUGGCACCAGGUGUUGCUGCAGCGGAGCCGCUCAUUAGAAAACUUUUCCUGUUGCACCCUGCAUAUCCCACAAUCCUGCUGGAGCUCGCCAGCACCACAGACACCACAGUCACCUCUGCAGUGAGUUACCAGGAGCGUCAGAAAGACGCCACCUACAUCACGGUAUCCUCCCGACCCACAACCGAUUCAGAGCCCGGCGCUCGGAUAGUCAAGAGCAUGAGCCUCAGAGCUGCUAUCACCAAAGGACAAAUUGUCAGACUAGGAGAGAGUAACAAGGCCGGGGAACCCAGUAAACCUGCCGCGUUUGAGGUCAACAAGUUCUUCAGGCGUUUGUCCUUUAAACACCAGUGAUGAGCCACCACUGCUACCAUGGCCUGUGUCACAGGAAGCAGUACAACUAAAAGGACUCACGUGAGGAUGAAAGGGACAGAAGUGGUGGAUAGCUCUGCACUAAAGAGACACUGAGAAUUCAUUUGGAGCUGUAGACAUUUUGUUUGGUUCACUAAGUACGAAUUUCAUUUCUGUUAAAAGAUCAUUUGUAGGUAGAGAUUGUGUUUGUAUUGUUUUGGUUUGUACAAUGAAAAUGCUUAUUUAAAUUAUUGAACUUGCAUUUGGGGAAAUCUUUAAUAUUUCAUUGAAUGUUUAUGAUUGUUUGGACUUGAUGGCAGAAGGGUAACUUUGUACUGUUUAUUACUGACAGUGAAGCACAAUAAUGCUGAUGAAAGAGCAUGUAAAUGUGUUUACAGUAUGCAUCACUCAUAGAACUCUUCCAGGGCCAGUAUAUUCAUGUGGUGUCAUCCCUCAGUCACAUGCUUUUUUUGUCAUGAAGCCACUAACAGCGUUCUUUCUGCUCACCAGUAACUUAAGUAGUAUAGGGAGUCUGUAAAUAUUUAUUGCUGUACAGUAUUUAUUGAUUUGCUUUAACGUUUUGAUUUUGAUGAAUUGUUGUCAGAUUUUUUAUGGCUAUAUAAUCAACCAGUUUUUUUUUUCUCCGAAUGUGUGGCUGCUAAAGGUUAUGCAUUUAAAUGUAAGCUGCAACUUCACAUACGGCAAGAGAAAGUAUGAAAAUCAAUUCUUACUGCA